GUUGCGCUGGUAGGAAAUACCUGAUGAUUGCUAAAAUAUUAAGUGCUACGAUUCUGCAAGCUGGCACCCCCAAAGGCCCUGAACUGCUCUAAUGAUGGUUACUUUUCCUCCCACAAUUCUUAAAGCAGAAUGGAUGGCAGUUUCAGAUUGAAUAUACAUUUUCCAUGUGCUGAAUAGUUGUUUUUGUUCAUGGUGUUUGAGGUUAACUAUGCACGUACUAAUCAAACCCACUGCUUCCUUUCUCGUAAAACCAAAACAAAGCUUCAUACUACUUUCAGGUAUAGCAUCUGGGAUCAAAGCUAUAUAUACACACUGGCUCUGUGUGGGUUCAAACAUUUCGAAGAUUCAGUAUCCUGAAAGGUGUCACCUCUUUUCCAGUCCUGAGAGUUCCAGUUUGUCUUAAAGUCUGAAGGCAUCAGCACCUUCAGCCUGUCCCAGCACAGGAAUGCUCUCAAUAUUGGUCACCGUGGGCUUUCUCUGCACAGCCACUGCCAUUGCUGAAGUAAUGGAAGUGACUCAGCCAGCAAUUGUGCUGGCCAACAGGCAAGGAGUUGCCAGCUUGGUGUGUAAAUACAAGAACAUCGGGAAUGCCAAGGAAAUUCGAGUGACUUUGCUUAAACAGACUGGUGACCAGAUCACAGAAAUCUGUGCUUCAUCAUACACCAUGGAGUUUAAAACAUUCUUUGUGGAAGAGGUCAUUCAGUGCCAUGUUACCCCCGGCCAAAACAAUGUGACCCUCACGCUGGCUGGCCUGCAAGCAAAUGACACUGGGCUUUACAUUUGCAAGAUGGAGCGGAUGUACCCCCCACCCUAUUUUAUGAACACGGGAAAUGGCACACAUCUCUAUGUUAUUGAUCCAGAACCUUGUCCAGACACUGCCAUAUAUCUCUGGGUAUUGGGAGCUACUGCCUCAGGAUUUUUUCUUUACAGUAUCAUCAUCUCAGCCAUUCUUGUGGGCAAAGCGAUAAAGAGAAGACGAUGUCUCACUACUGGAGUCUAUGUGAAAAUGCCUUCUGAAAAGCUAGAGAAAAAAGUGAUUCCAUUCCAUAUCACUGUUAACUGUAACAAGGAAGGAGAGAAACCAUUUCCUAGCUGGGAUGGAGUGUCUGCUAAUUGAUUUCAGUUAAAGAAAUAAAUUAACUGUCUUUUUACAAAAGGCAUCCAGGAAGGUGAGAGAACAUUCUUUGUAACUUCGAUGGUUUGGAGGAGAAUAAAUAGUACAUGUAU